GGUGGAGAGAAUAAAGAAUUUUGAAUGUUGGGUAGGCAAUAAGCUCGGGGAUUUGAACGCGAAUAUUGUUUUGAAAAGGGUUUUGCCGUGGACUUGGAAGAUCAACGGCCGACGGAAUGGCGGCCGACUUGCCGAUGAGCCCUCAAUUGGAGCAGAUCUACGGUGAAAUUCAGGAUCAUUUUCGUGCUCUUGCGGUAUUUGAAAGACUCAAAAUCCGUGUAUUUCAAAUUCAUCCUUAAACCCAUGGAUUUCAAUUUCAAACCUUGCAUUUUCUCCACACCCCAACAGCGAUGAAGCCUCCAUUGUGACUUCCGUUCAUCGUCAACUCUGCCGCUGCUCUCUCACGUUCUUGUCAUCGGCAACUGAAACCACUCCACGAUCGCACGCAUCUGCCUGAGUUUUCAUCAUCUCUGUCAACAGCAGAUUAGUGUAGCUUAAAAUUUUGCUGGCUGUGGACAUCUUUGUGUGGCUUGCGUUUCCUUUGAAGAAAUUGAAGGUACGUGUUGCUCUUGCAUUUUCUAACUUUGUUUGGUUGUUGAGAAAAUUUGAGUGAAGAUAUAAAUUUACUAGUGGCUUCAAUUUAUGUUGCAUUUUUUUUAUUGUGUCUAAUGAGUUUACAAGCUUCUGGGUUUGUCCACACUGGAGAGUAGAGAUGGCAUGCUCAUUUUGUCAUUUGGCAGAAAGCAGAAUCAUGUUCCUCGUCUGUUGUUUCAACUUAGGAAGUUAACCCUUUUUAAGCUGAUCCUGAUGAAUGGACAUAGGAAAUCCCUAUGUGUAUACAUAUCUCAUGUAAAUCUAAUAUCAGAUUUAGAAUCUCUAAUAUCAUAUUCCCAACUUUAAAAUUUUUCCUUAAAUGUGACAUGUUGUAGGUUGCCCUUUUGGUUAUGUUAUGUAUAAAGAUAAAAUUUCAUCUUAAUUUCUUGCUUACUUUUGCCGAACAAGGCUGGUUGCUGUUGCAACGCAGAAGUUUGUUGUGGAGGUGGCAAGUGGUGCACUUCUGUAUGAUACUAAAACUCUUUCUCUACACUUUUGCCUUUGCUUCCCCUGUUCCAUUUUUCAGGCUUACUGCAUAUGGCAUAUUUUGCUUGGGCUGAUAAGUCUGACAGUGUUUGCAAAAUUGACAAUAUCUCAAGAUAUUUGAUGCUAGAAGUAAUAAAUAAACUAAUUUCUCAUGCUUAAGCUCCAAGUCUCUAAUAUGAACUAUGGAAUGAAUGCGAGAUGCAUAGUUGCUGCAGUGUUUCUCAGGAGAAUUGUGUCCUGUUAUAUAUGGCUUUGCCUAGGGAAAUAUUGAAAACUUUUUGUCACCAUGUCUUGGAGAACUUGGUAGUCAGUACACUAUUUAGUAAUUUCAUUUUUUAAUCUGUCCAUGUUGAAGUUGGUAAUGUGUGCUUUACCCAACUGUAGGCAUUGUAAGGCAAGGCAAGCUGCCAUAGUCAAGGAUAAAAGAGAGAGGCAGCAGAAGGUGCGCCAUCUGUGUCUAUUUUCUGAAUUUCCCAAUUGCUUUUAAGAAUUCAAGUUUUCUUUCUUGACCUUUGUUUUGAGACGGUUUUAUGCUAGUUUCUCAUAAGUAAUUGAUUAUAGAUGUUGCAUUACUUUCUAAGCUUAUCUGAAGGGGUAGGAUUUUGUUGGAAUGUUUUUAAUUUCCCCUAAGCCAUACUAGGGUUCGCCUAUACUGCUUAGGACAAAGCAUUUAGACAAUGUGUACAUUUAUGAUAGGACUGUAUCAACGAGCAGAGCCAACUUCAUCUGGCUUUAUCAUCAGGCAAAUAACAUUUUUCCCUUUUC